AUGUGUAAGGCAACAAUUAGUAAACCAGAAUAUUACAUAUGUGCUACUCCUAAUGUAUAUUGCAAAGGCACAGCAAUUAAGUUAAAAAAUGGUACAGUUGUAACAAAAAAGCCACAUAGACACGAAGGAAAUGAUAUUGGUUCCGUUAAUACUGAUCUAAAAAAACAAUUUAGAAGUGUUCUAGUAGAAAGGGCAAAAUUGGAAACCAAGCCUCUGAAAUCUAUCUAUGAUGAAGAAUCAAUUCGGAAUCCAAAUGCAGCUGUACUUUAUGCAUGGCCCACUGCAGAAUCAUCAAUGCAUCAAGCUCGUAGACAGCAUGUUCCACCUCUGCCAUCUACUUUACGUGAGCUAGGAGAAUAUUUGGAUCUAAAUAUUAACAAAUAUCAGUGUAGCAAUUCGCCAUUUUACCAGGAAUGGAUUGUGAACAGUAGUGGUAAACUCAAUAUUAUGUUUUCUUGCCAUUACCUCAUAAACUCUGUAGUUCAUGAGGGUGGUACAGAGUUGCACGCUGAUGGAACUUUCAAAGUUGUACCAUCUUAUCCACAUUGUAGGCAACUUUUCAUCAUACAUCUGAUUUUACAAAAUCACUCCAUCCCUGUUUGCUUUGUUUUGAUGGAAGCUAAGACCGAGGCUUCAUACAAGAAGGUGUUGGAGCGAUUUAAGGUGAAGUUCCCUUCUGUAAGACCAACUUCAAUUAUGAUCGAUUUUGAGACAGGCCUCCGAAAUGCUUUUACUGCAGUUUAUCCCGAAGCAAAUAUAUUUUCUUGUUGGUUCCAUUACAUACAGGUUUGA